AUGACGUCUCCGAUGGAGCUUGCCCUACCUGGCGAGGGUGUACUGGCAGAACUGGAAGUCUUAGCGCAGCCCAUGUCUGGGGAGGUGCCCAACCGGUGCGAUGUGAACAAGCUCCGUAGCGCGGUGUUAGACCUGGCUGCGCGCAUCGCACGGGUGCAGGAAGAGGAGAUCGUCAAACUGCCCAUCCGACUCCUUUCCGGUGCUGAGCUGGGACGUGUGGAAGUACCACGGAAAGCCCAGGUGGCAGACGUGAUCAACGAAGUGCACCACUUGGUGGAGGAGGGCAAGGCCGUCUCGAAGCUGGUCUUUGAUGGCAAUAUCCUGGAGGAGUCCUCCUCGUUGACCGAUGCGGGGCUGGACUACGGUGCCGUGCUGAACGUGACCUUUGAGCCUUGCGCCUACCGUGUACAGGGUGCCGGGCGUGAGGAGGUGAAUGGAUGCUACACUAAGACCUCUCGAGUGGAGAACGGAGCUCCGGUCUUUGCAAAUCGAAACGGCAUCAUACUUUUCAGGUACAUCAUGAGACGUGGAACCCCCUACUGGUACUUCACGCAGGAUGGUCAUCCAGCGGAUGAUAGCAAAGGCGAUUAUUAUCGCGUUCAAACUGCUGCUGAAUCACCUCCUUCUGAUGGCUGCUUGUCGAAGUGGUGGGAAUCACGGCCCUUCUAG